AUGGCGGAGGAAGAAGAGGAAGAAGAACUUUCGCGGUUGACGAGCGGUGGGAGUUCUUCAACGAAGAAUAAACACGGGUGGAUAAUCGUUGAACCGAGGACGUUGCGAGCGAACGCGACGGCGAUUAAAGCGGCGGGGAUUGAUUGGAAAACGACGAGAGGGAUGCAGAUGGUGGGCGAGUGGACCGCGCUGGCGGCGGCGAAGUAUCGAUUGGCGAAAUCGAGGGAAGUGCCUGAAUUGAGAGCGUUUGCGUUCGUGAGAGAAGUGUUGGUUGGAGAAGAGGGAGAUGAAGAUGGAGGCGAAGAGGUUGGGUACGAAGAACGAGUGAGAUACGGACACGGUGGCGUGCAGUUAGAGUUAUUCGACGACGAGGACGAAAUAGACGACGAAAUAGAUACGGUGUUGAAAAAUUUAUCGGUUGAUGAAGAAGAAAUGAGCAAUCGCGCUUCCACGAGCGAUGAAGACGACGACGACGAAGAAGAAGAAGAAGAAGGCAGCGAAGACGAAGAGAGCGACGUCAUAGAAAAGAAACACGUAUCGGCGAAUCGUGAAAAUGCAAAACCGUUCUCGCUUCGAGUUCGACUCGCCUCGAGCGGUGGCGUCCUGGUUACGUUUCGACUCCCGAACGUUUUCGAGAAUUCAAUAUUCAACGUGACUUCCUCGUAUAGCAACGACGAAGAAAACAAGAAAAAGUAUAAGAAAUCAAGAAAUGCGAAUAGAAUAGGAAAAGGCGUCGACGAUGCGAUAACGUUCAAGUUUUGGGCCAAUCCGUCGAGUUUAGCCGAAGCGUUGUCCUCGCCGGACGCGCUUUUGAAGGUGCACACAUCGUCUUCCGUGUCUUCGGUCUCGAUGUCGGGAUUGUUACAGAAGCCAACCGUGAAAGAGUCUCUCGUGAUUCGCGAAGAACAGGAGAAAGUGCGUCUCGAACUCACGCUUUCGGAUUUAUCUUCCUCGUUUUCUUCGCCUCACUUUGUCGAAGAGGACGAAGAGCAGGAAAACUUUGAACCGAAGCCGAGACCGCCUUUGGCUGCGCGCAACCCGAAACCGACAGAUUUUCACGACCGCAUUCGCCGAACGCGAGCGAAUAUUCUUCUUCAACAACAACAAUAUAAGAACAAGCAACAUCGGCAGUCGCAGCCGUCGCAGCAGCAGCUACAACAACCGACUUUGUCUAUGUAUAGCUUCCCAUCCGAAGACGACGUUCGAAACACUCAGGAAUACAACGCCGCUUUCGCGCUCGAGAGCUGGAAGCGCGAACGCAUGCUUGCCUGGGAGAGCAAGUUCACCGAGGAAGCUACCAAACGCAUGCAAUCGCUCGAGGAAGCCUGGAAGCAACGCGAAAUUCAAAGGAACAAAGAAUUCGAACUCUCGUCUCGUCGUGCGAAAGACGCGGAAAACAAAUUGAAAGAACUCACACGAAUGUUGGAAAAUCGGGAACGGGAAGUCGUUCGAGCGGAAGAAACUAUUGAACGACGCAAGAAAGAACUCGAACGAGCGCACAUCUCAAAAACAGAACAAUUAAAGCGCGAGUACGCUACGAAGGAAGAAACGUUAGAGAAGAAAGUUGAAAACGCCAUCCGAGACCAGAAAACGUCCAAGAAGGAGCGCGACGACGCGACGAAGAAAGCGGCUAAGCUUGAAAAGCAAAAGCGCGAGAUUGAAGACAUGUUUUCCGAGUACAAGAAGAGCUAUUUCCAAAGUGAUGUGGCUAAAUUGAACAGCGAGAUUGCGACGUUACGGCCGCGAUUAGAAUCGGCGGAAAGUGCGCUGGAAGACGCGAGUUCGAGUCGAGACCGCUUUCGAGUCCAAAUGCGAAAAAUGGCUGCGCAGAUUGUUGCGUUAGAGCGCGAGAAGGCGCAGCUACGAGACGCGUUGGAGAAAACCGGAGGUGUUUUCCCGAACCGCGCGCACGUGGCGCCAGAUUCGUCAUCGCUCAUGAUGGAUGUGAGCAGCGCUUUCCGAGGAAGUGAAAGUGAGUACCGCGGCUUUGGCGGCGGCGACGACGUCGGGAACAUUUCUUUUGCGGGUAAGAGUAAAAAUACCAAGAAAGCUUCUUCUUCUAUUUCGGGAGGAGUCGACGCUCGCUUAGACGCGCUUCUCGCAUCUGAGAGAAUGUCAUCGUCCACGUUCAAAAAGGACGAGGAUAUUGAAAUUCCACGGGCGAAUCACCAUCCAAUGUCGAUGGUUGAAAAGCGAGCGUUGGAAAAAGAAGUUCGACGUUUGGUCAACGAAAGAGGUGAUUUGAUGCGCACGGGGGCGUAUUCUUCGAACGACCGAGCGAUAUCGUUAAUAGACGAACGAAUCGAGGAGCUCUCGAUGCAAAUUAGCGCUUAG